ACGAGAGGUACAACCACGCCAUUGUGCGCAUCACAGGAUUUCUUAUUUUCCUGCGGGAAUAACUAGCAAAGAGUUACUUAAAUGCAUGGACAACAUGUACAGUAACAACAUUGACCCUUGGGAGCCAGGUUAUGGACCUGAACGAAGAGGACAUAAUUCUGACUAUGACUAUCGCAAUGAUUAUGGCAGCAGUAGAUCACCAGAUUAUGCGGAGCACCGUGACAAUGAUCAUCGCGAUAGGGACCAUCGUAGUCCGGAAUAUAGGAAUCACCGCGGAAGAGAUAGGGACCGUGAAAGGGAUCGUUCAAGAGACAGAAGAGAUCGGAGCAGAGACGAUAGAGAUCGUAGCUACAGAGACAGAGAGGAUCGCUACGGAAGACAGAGGGACAGAGAUUCCGUAGAAAGAGACAGAGAUCGGGAUCGCGAUCGCGAUAGAGACAGAGAUCGCUCUAGGAGAGACAGAGACAGAGAUAGGGAUAGGGAUCGUAGAGGGAAAAGAGAUGACAGAGAUCGGGAUCGUGAUGAUGAUCACAGCAGAGAAAGUAUGGACUUUGAGCAUGACCAUGGACGUACUUAUGGUUCGUCCAUGGAAGGCAUCCACUACAAAUCUCAAUCUCCGAACAACACCAUAAUGAUUCGUGGGCUUGCUCAACACAUAACAGAAAAUGACGUGCGGCAAGACAUCCUCAACUGUGGUCUCAUGCCCAAGGACAUCAGGCUGAUACGUAAAAAGGAUACAGGUGCUUCGCGAGGUUUCGCAUUCGUCGAGUUUAACGCGACUCAGGAGGCCGCACGGUGGAUGGAGAUGAAACAGGGAGUACUGAUGCUGCAGGACCAAUACCGUGCCUUGAUGCAGUACAGUAUACCGAAAGAUUGCCAUGUAGAUAAACCACCAGCAAAGAACACGCAAGACUGGCAUUGCGUUAAGUGUGGCGCACACAAUUUUAAAAGACGCGAAACAUGUUUCAAAUGUUCCGCCUCCCGAGCAGAGAGCGAAGAGGGUGGAGAAGGUAGCGAUGAGAUCAGCCCUCACCCUACGAACACAGUUCUUCUUCGGGGAUUGGAUGUUUUAACAACCGAAGACUCGGUUUUGCAAGCAAUGAAAAAUCUUUCGUCAAUGCCUAUACGUAGUAUACGUAUUGGUCGCGACUCUCUUACGAACACAUCCAGGGGUGUUUGUUAUUUGGAGAUGGGCAACGUGGUGGACGCCAUGUAUUUACACACGGCGCUUACCAAGCAAGGAUUGGUAGUGGAUGGUAGAAAAGUAGAAAUCACGUAUUGUAAACUUCACCAGAUCAAUAACACUAACACGUGGAAGGCGAACGACAGUCAACCACAAAGAUACACUUUAGACGAUGUUGCUCAAUUGGCAGAGUACAGUGCCAACUUAUACGCUAAGACACCUGCACAGAAAGCUCAUUAUCUACAGUAUUACACGCAAUAUUAUCAGAAUCAAAUAAUGCAGGGAUCCGCGAUUACGUUGCCAUCUCUGAAUCAGACUGAUAGAGUAAACGCGGCGGCGGCCGUAGCACAAUCGGCCAUACAACAGUUACAAGCAUCCAGAAAACUCGGCGACGCGGAUGAAAUGAAGAACAGACCAACGCCUACAGCGCCGACCAGUACAUCGUUAGCGAGCGGAAGAGUGCCUGCACAUGCUGGUGAUGGUAAAGUAUACUCUGUGCCAGAUGUUAGUACCUAUCAUUAUGACGAGUCGUCGGGCUACUACUAUGAUCCAAGCACAGGAUUAUACUAUGAUCCGAAUUCGCAAUAUUAUUACAAUAGUCACACUCAACAAUUCCUUUAUUGGGAUGCUGAAUCAUUCUCAUAUCAACCGGCAAAGACUGCUCCAACUGUGACGCAACCAACAGGAAGCACGACGAGUGGUACUACAAUAACUGCCACCGCUAGCAGUACAGACUCGACGAACACGGUUACAAAUCAAGCAACAACUUCGUCACUUACAACUGCGACCCAAGAGUCCUUGAAGGAGGACGAGAGUAAGAAGAAAGAUAGCAAGCAGGAUAAAGUGAAGGUAGCCAAGAAAAUAGCAAAGGACAUGGAACGCUGGGCGAAGACGUUGAAUCAGAAGAAGGAAAAUGCAAAGAGUAAUUGGAAUUCCGAAUUUGCUGGUGGUGAUGGCAAUCAAGGAGUUGGAAGCGGAGCUGCGGAUGCUGGAUAUGCUAUAUUAGAGAAGAAAUCUCUUGCUAGUACUUUUCAUGAAGACGAGGAUCAGAGCGGAAGUAAUGGUUUAGUUGCUGCUUAUGGCGGCGGUAGUGACACGGAAGAAGAAAUCGAGGAUGUGCAGCAAGAAGAAAGGCAGCACACAGAUUGGUCUAAGCUAGCCUGUUUGCUGUGCAAACGACAAUUUCCUAGCAAGGAAGCGUUGCUUCGGCAUCAACAAUUGUCAGAUCUUCACAAACAGAAUUUGGAGAAUUGGUAUCAAGUGCGUGGCUUGGAUCCCAACGAUCCACAGCAAAGAAACAACAAAUAUCGAGAUCGUGCCAAAGAAAGAAGGGCGAAGUAUGGAGAACCAGAGCCCCCACAGCCGAAUAAACUGAAAGAGAAAUAUUUAAAAACCAGGGUCGAGGAAAUAUCUGUGUCCUAUGAGGAACCCACGAGAGCUGGUAUCGGCUCGGACAAUGUUGGCAAUAAAUUGUUACAAAAAAUGGGGUGGAGUGAAGGAAUGGGUCUUGGAAAAUCGAACCAAGGUAGGACAAGUAUCAUCGAGGCGGAGAGAAGGGUUCCUACGGCUGGUCUAGGGGCGAAAUCGUCAUCGUACAGCGCCUUACCCGGGGACACGUACAAAGAUUGUGUAAAGAAAAUGAUGUACGCACGUUACCAAGAACUGUCUGACACAUAAUAUGUCGAAUAUCAGUGAACAUAGAUUUUAUACACACACAACACACACACACACACAGCACACACAAAAGUACUUGUACUCAACUUUUUCCAUAGGCAAAUAGGUAUGUACACAUAUUAUCCAAUUAGUAUGCCGAUUGCGUACUGGUAA